AGAAAUGAAGAUAAUACGAAAUACGAAGUAGAACGCUGAUUAGCAAAGUUUCAAUUUUGUCUAUUUUGUUAUGGUUAAUGUACACGCGUAACAGUACUAAGACGGUGACGACUAGAAUCUAGAUCUAGGCCUACACGUCAUUUUUUAUAUCAUAUUAUGAAAAAUGUAGGAUAUAGAUGUAAUUUAAUCAAAGUCGAACUAAUCUAGAUACUGAUAGUAACUAAGGUCUAAGUGUAAGUCUAAGUCUAAGUACUAGAAGACUAAGUCUAAGUCUAAGUCGUCUAAUACUAGAUAUAUUUCAAAUGAAGCCUUAGAGAAAGACUAUGGGUAAGGACAAACACAAUAUCAGAAAAUAGAUCUCAUUGGAUUGCCUCAGAGUCACACCAUAGUCUUGAGAUCUGUGGACCCUUCUGUGACAUAAAGUUAAACAGCACCACAUUAUGGCAACAUAUAACAGGAUGCCUGAUCUCAUUAGCAGUAGUGUCAACAUUGAAGAGGAUGAUAGGAUUCGUGGACUCAAUACACAUGGAACAAUUUAUCCUUUCUCAUCUCUUCACCAACCAACUACUUUGGGAAUUUUUAUCAGAGAACUUGCCAAGUUGAUAUAUUCUCAAGAGGCCAAACAAAUUUGCUGUUUUCUUGGGUUUUGUCUGAUUUCCAGCAUCAUUCUACUCUACUGGUGUCAUUCUACCAACAGCAUGGCACUGACAGCAUUCAGCUUUCUCUUAAUAUUUGAUGUACUCAGCCUUCUCACAUGCUUGUUAAGUGUUUGGGUUCAAUCUCAGCAACCAUCUAGUGCUUAUUCUUUUGGCUAUGAAAGGUUUGAAGUUCUUGCUGUUUUCUCUUGUACCAUGCUUGCUCAACUUGGAGCCUUUUUUAUUUUAAAAGAAAGUAUUGAAUGUUUGCUGUUUCCACCUGAUGUGCACACAGGCAGACUACUGGUGGGAACAAUGUAUGGGCUGUUUGUUCAUCUUUCUGUUAUUUAUGCUGUGAAGAACAGAGCCUUUAAUCAUGUGAUAGAUGCUUCUAGCUCUAGUUGGUUACAGGAACAUGUUACUGAUAUGAGUGAAAGUUUGUGUACGUUUUUACCAGGACUCAGCAAGUUACUGUUGCCCAGAAUAAACCCAUUCUCUUUGAUAGGCUUUGGUUGCAGUAUUGCUUUACUUAUCACUUAUUUUCUUAUUGAUACACAUCAGUUCUACAUUGCUGACCCUUGGGCUGCCAUAGCCAUUGCAAUCAUGACCUUUGGCACUAUGUUUCCUAUGAGUUCAUAUACUGGGAAAAUAUUAUUGCAGACUACUCCCUCUCAUAUACUGGGUCAACUGGACAAAGUUUUGAGAGAAGCCUCAACCCUAGAAGGAGUCCUGGAGUUUAGACAUGAACACUUCUGGACACUUUCAUUUGGAACUCUGGCAGGUUCAGUUCAAGUCAGAGUUCGAAGAGAUGCAGAUGAGCAGUUAGUGCUGGCUCAUGUUUACAACAGGCUCAACAAUCUUGUACAUCAACUCACAAUACAGAUUUUCAAAGAUGACUGGACUCGGUCUUCAGCAUAUCCAUCAUUUACUGGACAAUCUGCUGGACACUAUUCUCAACCCCAUGUCACAUCUCCUACACCAUAUAGUAGUAACUUGCCACACUCACUUCCACCACUCCCUCAGAGCAACAGACAGCCUAUUUAUAACCUUAACCCAGUUUAACAACACACAACCUAGCCUUAGUCCAGUUUAACUACACACAGCUUAAUCUUAGUCCAGUUUAACAAUAUACAGCCUACCCUUAGCCCAGUUAAUAAUAUAACAGCCUAGCCUUAGCCCAGUUAACUAUACAGUACCACUUGAAUCCUUAUUGAAGUUGAACAACAAACAGCCUGUUUAUAGCCAUAGGCCAUUUAAGUUACAACAUGCAAUCUACUUUAAGUACAUGAAGUGCAUCCAUUGCUAUUGCUCAUUUUUUGGCAUUUCAUUGAAAAGCUGACCUAACAAAACACAUAUAUAUAAAUAUAUUUUGUAAGAAUGUUAUAUAUUUGUUUUUGGAAAACCUAAAUACAUUUUUGUUUCAUCCUU